AUGGUCAGAGAUGCUUCCUCAAGUGUGACUGAGAGUCUCCAGAAAAAUAGUGUACCUGCAGAUCUUAUGGAGAUUUCAAAAGGAGGUCUGCAGUUGCUGUGGCAUUGCUACUUACAGCAGGAACUCCAUGAAAAGACUGGUUCAUUCAUGGCUAUUAAAGUGAUGACUGUCCGGAAGACUCCUUUGCCUGGAAUAGGAAGACGUGUGAGAGUGAAUAAAUACCCAAAGUCUGUUGGGUGGAGAUACAGCGAUGAAGAAGAGGAUCUCAGGACUGAAGUCAGUCUGCUGAGGAAGUACUCUUCCCACAAAACCGUCCUGUCCUUCUAUGGUGCAUUUUUCAGUCUGAGUCCUCCUGGCCGGAGAUACCAGCUUUGGAUGGUGAUGGAGUUAUAUGCAGCAGGGUCAGUCACUGAUAUAGUGAGGGUGACAAGAAAGCAGAGUUUAAAAGAAGGCUGGAUUGCUUAUAUCUGUCGAGAAAUCCUUCAGGGAUUAGCUCACCUUCAUGCGCACCAGGUGAUUCACCAGGACAUUAGAGGUCAGAAUGUGCUGCUGACUCAUAACGCUGAAGUGAAACUAGUGGAUUUUGGAGUGAGUGCCCAAGUGAGCAGAACCAAUGGAAGGAGAAACAGCUUCAUUGGUACACCAUACUGGAUGGCCCCUGAGGGGAUUAAUUCUGAUGCGAACCCGAGACGCUCUGAUGAUUACAGGAGUGGCAUGCGGUCUAUGGGGAUUACUGCUAUUGAAAUGGCUGAAGGGACCCCUCCUCCUCUGGAAGCUCUUUUUGUCAGUCUCCAGGAUGCUGCCCCCAAAGUCAAGCCCAGUGGAUGGUCCCCUAAGUUCCACAGCUUCAUGGAAAAGUGCAUGAUAAAAAAUUUCCCAUUUCAUCCUCCAUCUGGAAGCAUGAUUCAUCACCCAUUUGUCCAUGAUAUAGAAAAUGAGCGGCAUGUUGUGGAGUCACUGAAAAAGUAUCUCACUGGAAUGAUGCAAAAGAGGCAGAUAAAAGACAUACCUCUGGUCUUCGAGGAAGAAGCAGCUUUUAAGGAACAGUACACCACCAAGGGAUUCAGAGAACCUUCUUGCACUCAGGAACUUCUGAGAAUGCCAACCAGCAGCAGAUGCAGACCACUUACAGCUCUGCAUGGAGACCCACCCCAGUCAAGGUGGUGGCCUCAUCCAGAAGAGCUACAGGUCCAGGCAGGUCAGCAGCUGCAAGUGGCAGCCAGUGUUUUCAUGGUUCUACAUGCUCAGGACAAUGCACCGAAGCCUUUACAGAGGCAGGCACAAGAACCACAGUGCCUACAUGGGGCAGCUCAGGGGUUCAUGCCACCACAGGCACAGGUUGAAGCUAAGGAGUCUACACCUCCAGUCCCACAGAUGCAAGCACCUCCCCGACUAAUGGGAGCAGGCCAGGUGCUCAUGCCCCUACCUACUCAGGGUACAGAAGUAGAGGUACAGGCCAGAGUACCUAAAGAACAGCAGGCCCAGACCGAGGCCUCAGAAACAGAACAGCCUCAAGAUUUGGAUCAAGUGCCAGAAGAAUUUGAAGGGCAAUAUAGGGCACCUGAGCCACAAAGGCAGGGCCAGGCUGCUGAGCAACAGCAGAGGCAGAAUCCAGUUCCUGAGCAGCAUGUGGAGCAGGAUGAGGUGCCUGAACAGGCUGAGGUGCAAGAGGAGGCUGUUGAGCCUCCACAAGCUGAGAUGGCAGAGAAGGAGCCUGAGUUAGUACAAGUACAUGCCCGGGUGUUCCUGCCUUUACUGUCGCAGAACCAUUAUGUGCUCUUGCCUCUUCACUUGGAUACACAGCUGCUGAUCCCAGUAGGGGAACAAAAUAAUGAGUCACCUCGGGCACAGGCCUGGGCUCUAGAGGCCUCCCAGGCAUUUGGUGCAAUUCAAGCACUGGUAGAUGGACUAUCAAGGAACUUGCUUCAAGCACCAAAUGCAUCUGUCUCAAAACCACUUGGUCCACUGCAAAUCUUGCUGGAAAAUUUGUCUGCAAACAUGUUUUACACUCAACCAGAACAGCCACAGAAGAAAAAGUCCAGAGUUUCUAGUCUAAAGCAUGCACUGGCAAAAAGACUAUCACCCAAGAGGUUCAGGGCAAAGGCUUUAUGGAGAGUGGAAGAUUUUGAAUUCUCAGAUAUAGAGGCCGGCAGGAGAAGGCGCCAGCGUAGAUGGGAGGAAAUCUUUAAUCAACAUGAAGAGGAACUAAGAGAAGUUGAAAAUGACAGAGAAGAUGACUCAUCAGACAAUGAUGAAGUGUUUCAUUCAGUUCAGGCUGAAGUCCAAGUAGAACCAUGCGCUCAAAAUCCUGCAGGAAAUGAGGUCCAAGAGAGAUCUGCUCCUCUGCCUUACAGCCGGAAUCGUGCCCACCGUGUGAAAUUUUCUCCAAGUGUCUGCCAGGAGUCUCUUUUGGAAGAAGAAAUUCAGGAGCCCAAGGACACCAGACAGAGCAGUCCCAUAAACAUUCAAAAUUGCAAGGCAGAACCAGAAUCAUCUUCUGAGGAGGCGAGUCCUGUGACUAGGAGGAAGUCCCAGUCAUCACCACCUUACUCUACUAUUGACCAGAAUUUACUGAUUGAUAUCCAUGUUCCAGAUGGAUUUAAAGUGGGAAAGAUAUCACCCCCUGUAUACUUGACAAAUGAUUGGGUAGGCCCUAGUGCACCCUCUGAAAUGUUCUGGGAUGAUUGGUUAAUUCCUGCACCUGCCCUUCAUCCACCUGUAGAAGAUGGUGAUUAUGUUGAACUCUAUGAUACUGGUGCUAAUACUGAUGAAGAAGCUUCUAAUGGGGCUUAUGAAGAUGCCUAUGGCCAUGGCAGUGGCCGUGAUGACUUGAAUAACCAGGCUGAUCAGGCAUAUGCCUGUAGAGACUAUGAUGAUGGUGACUAUGAUGAUAGUCUUGGUGCUGUUAACAAUCGGCCAAGGUCAAGGUAUUAUAGACGAGGAAUCCUGAAGCGUGCUGGUAAUGAUGGACGUGAGCAAAAGAGGGGAGAUUUCAGAGCCUAUAGGAGCAAUGGAGCCAGGAGUAACUAUGGAAACAUUGCCGGUGGAGCGUGUGCAGCCUUUGGAAACCCAGAAGGAUAUGAAGCCAAUAUAGAUGAUCGAAGAGGUAACAGAUACAGGGGAGCCAAUGGAGGCAGCGAAGAGAAUGGAGCAUUUGGAUUCUAUGGAGAAGAAGAUCACUCACAGAGAGAUGGUCUAGGAUUGGAUCAAUAUGAAUUUCAGGAUUUUGAACCUGACCAGGAGGAGUCAGAUGGUGGAACUGAGACCUCAGACUCAAUUGCCUUGGAUAUUGCAUCCUUCGGCCCUGAUGAUGAGCCUAACAACGAUAGACCAGAAUCAUCACCAGCAGCUGGGUUUCCUAUCACCCGCGCAUCUCCCAGAGACUCUGCUUCUGAUACUGACAGUGCCAGUGCCAUCUUGUAUAACAAACCACUAAUCCACGUGUAUGAAAAGGAAUUCAGCUCUGAGAUCUGCUGUGGUUCGUUGUGGGGAGUCAAUUUGUUGCUGGGCACCCGAUCUAAUCUGUAUCUGAUGGACAGAAGUGGAAAGGCCGACGUCAUUAAGCUUAUAAAGCGCAGACCAUUCCGCCAGAUUCAAGUUGUGGAGCCGCUCAAUUUGCUGAUUACCAUCUCGGGCCGCAAGAACAGACUCCGCGUGUAUCAUUUGACUUGGCUGAGGAACAAGAUUCUGAAUAAUGAUCCAGGGAGCAAGAAAAGGCAGAAGGCAAUGCUGAAGACCCAGGAAGCUUGCAAAGCUAUUGAUAAGUUGACUGGCUGUGAACACUUCAGUGUCCUUCAACAUGAAGAAACAACAUAUAUUGCAGUUGCUUUGAAAUCAUCAAUUCACCUUUUUGCAUGGGCACCAAAAUCCUUUGAUGAAAACACUGCUAUUAAAGUGAUAUGCAUUGAUCAAUCAGCAGACUCCGAAGGAGACUACAUGUCCUAUGAAGCCUAUAUACGAAUAUUGGCAAAAAUUCAGGCAGCUGAUCCAGCGAACCGAUUUAAGAGACCAGAUGAGCUCCUUCAUUUACUGAAGCUCAAGGUGUUUCGAACUCCCGAUUUUAAGCCAGUGACAGUUGACCUGUCCAUUGGAACUGAGAAAACACUCAAGAUUUUCUUCAGCUCAGCGAAUGGAUAUCACAUCAUCGAUGCAGAAUCUGGAGUUAUGUCUGAUGUGGCCUUGCCAAAUAACUCCCUGGAAACCAUAACACAGAAUAUCAUCAUGUUACCUGAUUGCCUGGGAAUUGGCGUGAUGCUCACCUUCAAUGCCGAAACUGCCUCUGAGGAAGCAAAUGAACAAGUCAUGAAGAAGAUCCUUGAUGUGUGGAAAGACAUACCAUCUUCUGCAGCUUUUGAGUGCACACAGAGAAUCACCGGAUGGGACCAAAAGGCUAUUGAAGUGCGCUCUCUGCAGUCAAGUAUUCUGGAAAAUGAGAUGAAGCGCAAAUCAAUCAAGAAACUGAGAUUUCUGUGUGCCCGUGGUGACAAGCUUUUCUUCAGUUCCACACUGAGCAAUCGCCGCAGCAGGGUUUACUUUAUGACCCUUGGAAAACUUGAAGAGCUGCAAAGAAAUUAUGCUGUGUAAAAGAUUCCAGUGAUUUACUGCAACAUUUACAUCCAUUACAUAUAUGACACUGCAUCUUAACAUUUGAGUUUUAUCGUUAGAGAACUUUAACCAGAGGCUUUUAAUGUAGCACAGAAUAGCUGAGAAAUGCAGCUUUCUACAUACAAUUAACUAUAGCAAGCUCUGUGUACUCCAGUGGUGUACAAUACAUUUUGCACAAGCUUUGUAACUUCUGUUACUGUGAAUUCAAACAUUUCUCUUAGGAUACUUUGGACAGUAUCUGUAUUCAGAUUUACAGCAUGUAGUAAAGAAUCCUGUUAUAAAUUACAUUCUCAGUGACUUUCAAAAGAAUUGGCCCUAAAUUUAAGUUUUCCCAAAGGAAAAAAAGGUUAGAUUGAGAGACAAAACAUAAUGACUUUUAUAGCCCAGACUAAGGUUGAACAACCUGCAUUCACAAGGAGAAUUACAGUGAUCUAGGGGAAUAUGCCACCCAAAUCUUUUUCCCAAUAAAUUCACAGUUGGAGACCAAUUGUGAAUUUUUCUGCCCCUUGUUAAACUGUUUUUCUCUAUAUAAGAAGAAAACCUUAGAUGCUUGGUUUUACCCCCCUAGAAGCCCCUAAUAUGUGCAAUGGCUGUUUUUAUAAACUGCCAAACAAUAUACUUACUAGCUUGAAUACAGGACUGAACUCCAAUACACACGUACUGUAGAAAGGUUUGUUUUUUUUUUAAUACUUCAAAGUAGGCGUCAAAUUCUGUCCCCAAGAUUGGCUGAGGUCUAAAUUUUAUUAUCGAGACAAUAUUUUGAUCAUCAGAGAGCAUUACAUAUAUCCCAGUUCUCCAUUAAACUAUAUAAAAUGUCCUUCCAGUUAUUAAACAAAGCAGUACAACAGAAGGAAAAGAAUAUUGA